GGGAUACAACCUGUACGGUCAGUGUAAGUAAUAACGGUUGGACGGUGGCCCACCCAUCUUGAUGAUUCACACCAAUGUGUUGGUAGCAAUACACCACCACUGGGGACCGGUACACCCAAAGUCAAGCCAGCGUAAGUCAUGGCACCAUUUCUACGCCUUGGAAAUGGAAAGCCUCUUUUUGCUUAACGAUAAACAUUAUUGAUAGUGUUCCCAUGACAACUCCAGUGAUGGAACGAAAAUCGCACGAAAUGCUCCGAAAAAAUAACGAAGAAUACCGAAUGCGGCAAGCGGCUAAGAAUGCUUUAGCAUUAAGCCAAAGUACGUCCUACGGUUAUUAUAUCUCCAAGCCAUCGAAAUUUGAUAAUACUCUUAUCCCUGCUAUACCGCGAAGAAAAGCAUAGUCUGUCACAAUCAUCCGGCUCUUAUAUAACUCUUUCCAUUUUGUUUUGUCCUUGUCGCCUUACUACAUCACCACAUCAUUUUGCACUAGAGAUCCGCCUGCAAUAUUCUCUUUCAUUACAUACAUAAUCUCAUUUUUUUCUGGAAAAAAAGUUUCGCCAAAUGUCAUCGAUGCAAAUAUCAUCUC